AUGGCCGCAGUGCCUUGGAGGCUUAGCUUGAUAUCGGAACAACCGAACCUGGCGGCUCUUUCAAACCAGCCAAACGGCCAGCAUUAUCAAUAUCAUCAAGAUAAAUACAAUGACUGGCGGUGGUGGAGAUCCUCGGUGACGCAGCUGCAACAGCAGCGGAGGAAGGUACCGCGGUCGCUAGUUUGCGGUUUCAUGCUGUUUGGUUUGGGAUUGAUUUCUCUCUUCACUGGACACGUGGCAUCUGAUCUUGAGUGGUACUCUCAACGACUAGUCAAGCGCAGCUUCUUCUACUCUAGGCUGGAGGGGAGGCGACGCGAAGGCAUUGAUAUUUGGAAAUCGAAGUACUCGAAUUUGUUCUAUGGAUGUAGCGAAAGAGGGCGUAAUUUUCCUUCUGCCAUACGUGAGCGGGCUUCUAAUGGCUAUUUGCUUAUUGCUGCAAGUGGAGGGUUGAACCAACAAAGAACUGGAAUAACAGAUGCUGUGGUUGUUGCACGAAUUCUUAAUGCUACAUUAGUUGUGCCCGAGUUAGAUCAUCGCUCUUAUUGGAAGGAUGAUAGUGACUUUGUCAACAUUUUUGACAUUGAUCAGUUCAUUUCUUACCUUGCAAAAGAUGUCACCAUUGUGAAAAGAGUUCCUGAUAAAGUCAUGCGGUCGAUGGAAAAACCCCCAUAUACCAUGCGUGUCCCAAGAAAAUCCCCUCCUGAAUAUUAUCUGGAUCAAGUUCUGCCAAUACUAUUGAGAAGACGUGUUGUGCAGCUGACAAAGUUUGACUAUAGGCUUGCAAGUAACCUUGAUGAAGAGCUGCAAAAGUUGCGCUGCCGGGUUAAUUAUCAUGCUUUAAGAUUUACAAAACCCAUACAAGAAAUUGGUGAGACACUUGUCACAAAAAUGCGAAAGAUGGCAAAACGUUAUAUUGCAGUUCACUUGAGGUUCGAACCUGAUAUGCUUGCGUUUUCUGGGUGUUACUUUGGUGGGGGUGAAAAGGAGAGAUUUGAGCUCGGGGAAAUAAGAAAAAGAUGGGCAACAUUACCUGAUUUAAGCCCUGAUGGAGAGCGAGAGAGAGGAAAAUGUCCACUCACUCCUCAUGAAGUAGGAUUAAUGCUGCGUGCCCUUGGUUUUGCUAACAACACGUACCUCUAUGUGGCAUCUGGAGAAAUAUAUGGUGGAGAAGAGACUCUAAGGCCCCUUAGAGAACUCUUCCCAAACUUCUAUACAAAGGAGAUGCUGGCAGUUGAAGAUCUGAAACCUUUUCUUCCAUUUUCUUCCCGCCUGGCGGCCAUCGACUACAUUGUCUGUGAUGAGAGCGAUGUCUUCGUCACAAAUAAUAAUGGAAACAUGGCCAAGAUUCUUGCUGGUGAAAGGAGGUACGCUGGGCAUAAGAGGACCAUCAGACCAAACGCAAAGAAGCUUAGUGCAUUGUUCAUGGCAAGGGAUCGGAUGGGCUGGGAUACAUUUUCCAAAAAGGUGAAGGCAAGCCAGAGAGGAUUUAUGGGAGAGCCAGAUGAGGUGAGGCCUGGACGGGGUGACUUUCAUGAAUAUCCAUCUUGUAUCUGUGAGAGGCCAUUCACUGAUGAUGAAAACAGCAAGGGUAAAGAUCAACUGUUAGCCAGGAUUCCUGUGAACUUGAAGGAAAAAGUUCACUCUAAGUAUGUUGGAGAGAACCAAGGUGACAAAAGCCUCCAGAGAUUGAAGAGAAGAAUGGGAGAAGAACCGAUAUCUUUAAAGAGAGAAUGAGGAUGAUUAAAUUUUCCCUGACUGAUGGUAAGAGUGGAGGCAGCUCCUGAUUAGUAGCAGGCAGAAAUUUAUGCCUCCAAGAUUUCAUCUUACGAGCACAUGCCUCUUCACAUGCUGGCACAAGAUUUUUAUUGAUAGCGGCAUCGUAACUUAAGCCUUCUCCAAUGUAGUAUCUGCUUUCCUUCUCUCCAGUCUGUGAUUAGAUCAUUGAAUGAACUAGGCCUACAGGAGUCGGGGAACUUAAAUGAUCUGCAAUUGUCUAUAGAUAGUUUUGCUAGGGAAACAUGUUUGUAGGUUUGUGAGGUCAAUGGAACUUAUUUGGAUGCAUCAACGGAGUGCAACUUUACUGUGCAGUCA